GGAGAUACAUGGAAGAUGAACAAAAAAAGAAACAACCUGGGGGAAAAAAAAGGAAAAAAGAAAGGAAAACCCCUCAAAAGGGACAAAAAACGACUUGAAAAACAAGCAGCAAAACAAAUAAAAAUGGGUAUACUCUUGUAUUGCUCGUCCCUUGCACAUGUGCCGAUACAUGGGUGUGCGACUUAGAGCUGAGAAGUGAUUGAUUCGCCGUAGGAUAAUAGAGGUGACGUCUAGUGUGGCGUAAAUAUGUGGCGACAACCACAGCAACCCCUGUAAGGCUGACCCCGUGGUCCAGGCUUCCGUGCCUUCCAUCCCACAUGCCUUGACACGCUGCGAUCCACCCUUCCCCUUACCGAACAAUAAAAUUCGCUGGUGGUCGCGCGCGAUUGUUUUUUGUUGACCAACGUGGCCCCUCCCUAACCCUCGCCCUCGCCCACGCCCACGCCUGAACCACCUUCCCCUCCUGUCGAGCGAAUUGCUGGAAAUCAAGGCCUGGACUGGCAGCGUCCUGGCGCAUCGCUUCUGCCCGUGUGCUUUCCCUUAGCUGCCUGGUGCCUACCUCUAACUCCCUCUGCUCCCUUCCCGCACGACGACGCUCAGGCAGGUCGGCGCGCCGAGAAGCCGCAACCAUGUCUGAUUCCGAAAACCUCGACUACCUCCAGCCCGACUUCGACCCGCGCACGCUGACGGUGCCGCGCCUGCGCUCUAUCCUUGUCACCUAUGGCGUCCAGUACCCGGCCACGGCCAAGAAGGGCCAGCUGAUCGACAUCUUCCUCGACGAGGUCGCGCCCAGGUCGGCAAAGAUCCUCGCCGAGCGCGCGAGGGCCAAACGCUCUAGCAGGGGGAUCGUUGAUGUCGAGAGCUCCAACUCGUCGUCUACCGACUUCAUGGACGACAUGGUUCCACCCGCGAGGAACGCCACCCGAUCCCGCUCGCCCAGGAAGGUGUCGCGCCGUCUCCAGUCCGAGGACCCCUCGGAUCUCGACGAGCCCGAACGCCGCGCACCCAUUAGCCCGCGCAAACGCUCCACGCGCUCUACCUCUCGUCAGCUGCUCUCCGACGCCGACAGCGACCACGACGUCCCCGCCACCAAGACCCCCCGUGCAGUCUCCCGCCACUCCUUCAUCGACGCCGACGGUGACGUCGCCUCAAAGACUCCUCGCGCUGCCCCACGCCGCUCAGUCAUGGACACUGACGCCGAAGCUGCUGCUAAAACCCCCCGAGCCGCACCCCACCGCUCCGUCACGCCGCACGUGAGGCUCGAACCGCCCACGGUGGAGGAGAGCGACCAGUUCGGUUAUGACGGCAUCGGUACUGCCAGCACCAGAAAACCAUCGCCAAAAGUCUCGAGUGCCGUCUUCACCAACGACAACCCCUUUCAGAGCGGUAGCUCCCCUCCGCAAGCCUUGAAGACCCCGAGCAACCGCCGGAGGACCACGGGCGGUGGCGGUAUCGACUCAGUCGUGUCCAAGGCGGCCUCCACCGCCAGGAGACGCACUGACGGCCCGGUUCUGGAGCAGCCCUCCCGCAAGAUAUCGAGAUCCUACGAGAUACCCGUGAGCGCUCUCAAGGCUCCCAGGACGCCGGAGCCGCCCAGAAUGGUCGAGGCCGGGGAGGAGUUCACGCCCGACGAGCAGCUCGAGCUGGCUCAAGAAGAGGCCACACACAGUGCCAUUGCGAGGCGACAGCCACCGGCCAAGCGCGCAGGCGUCAGCCUCACGACCCCAGUCCUGGUACUUCUAGUCACGCUGCUCGGCGCCUACGCGGGCUGGUACCGUCAGGAGAAGGUCAAGGUUGGAUACUGCGGACUGGGACAGCCGGCCACGCAGAUUCUUCCUCAGGACGUACAGGACAAGCUGCCCGACUGGGCUAUUCUCGUUCUGGAGCCGCAGUGCGAGGCGUGCCCGACCCAUGCCUACUGCUUCGACGACUUCACCGUCAGCUGCGACGACGACUACAUCCUCAAGCCCCACCCACUCUCUCUCGGCGGACUGGUGCCGCUUCCCCCAACGUGCGAGCCAGAUGGAGUCAAGGCCCGUCGCGUCCAGGCCAUCGCUGACAAGGCCGUCGAGGAGCUGAGGAACCGCCGGGCCAAGUUCGAGUGCGGCGAUGCGGCCGAUGACGAGGGCAAGCCGGUAGAGGCGGCAUCCAUCGAGGAGGAUGUCCUCAAGGAGAUUGUCGGCGAACAGAGGAGCAAGAAGCUCAGCAAGCAGGAGUUUGACGACUUGUGGGUCGCCGCUCUCGGCGAGAUCCAAUCCCGAGACGAGGUCGAGGUCGAGACUGUCCAAGCCGGCGAUUCCGGAGGUUUUCCAAACACCUACCUAUCGUCCACCUCUCACGCUAGCCUUCCGUACGCCUGCGCGGCCCAGCUCUACGUCCGACGCGGACUGGAGCGAUAUCGAUUCGGCAUUGCAGUUGUAGCCUUCUCGCUAGUGACUCUCUUUGCGUCGUUCCAGUACGCGCGGGUUUCGUACCGGCGGCGCAAGGCUAUGGCUGAAAGGGUGCCGCGCCUCGUGGACGUGGUGCUGGAGAAAUUGGCGAACCAGAAGGAGCUCGCGUACGAGGUCGGCGGCGAGGAGGACCCCUUCCUCUUCCUGCCGAACCUCCGCGACGACGUGCUGCGGGCUGAGCACAAGCUCAAGGAGCGCGAGCGCAUCUGGGAGCGGGUCCGCGUCGUGGUCGAGCAGAACAGCAACGUCCGGCAGGGCCAGCGCGAGAGCCACAACGGCGAGAUCGGCCGCGCCUGGGAGUGGAUUGGCCCCACCGCAGGCGGCGACGGCGGGCGGAGGCGGACCCUCGGCGGCAGUCGCAAGUCGUGGGGAGGCGCUAGCGUGAGAACCGACGACGACGUGGCGGGCAGCCCUGGCCCCAGGACUCCCGUGUCGGAGACGCCCGAGGGCAAGUCUGGUCUCCACCGGAAGUGGCAGGAAGGGACGCGAGCCGUUUUCUAAAGGAUAUUCCUUCUUAUUCCCAUGCGCGGCGGUGGUGGCGUGUUAUGGUUUCGGCAACCAAUUCUGGUUCACACACUUCAUACUAUUUCCGCCGGUUUGACUUUUGUUUUCCAGGAGUUUCAGGGCGCGAGAACGGGGCAGGUUGUUCUGGAAAGGUCCUGCUAAUUUGAUACCUCGUCGACCUAGCGACGGGGACAAGCCACAGUGUUGCUGGUUUACUUUUCUUUUGUUCGUCCUAUGCUAUCUGACUGCUGUUUAAACUCGGUCGAUCCCAGAGCCGGGCUUGAUUUCCUUUGUUUGUACCCGUGCCACGUUCGAACACGGCCGCCACGCAUCCAAUCCACCACGAGUUACCAGCCGUCAUCUUUGUAUCUUUUUUCUUAGUGUCGCCGUGGAAUUCCUCGACGUUGCUCCGACAUCUGCCCUGCCCCAGUGCUUGAUGCGUGUUUCCAUGUUUUGAUUGCUUACAAGGAAGAUUAUACGUGCAAUCGGCUGUGAUGCUGGCUGGAUAAUGAGGGUGCGUAUGGAGAAUCGAAGGGGUGCUGUUCUCAGGGGGCCUUUGAACUUGUUGCAAUUGUUAGGGAAGUAGGUACCCUGGGUAGUUAGGUAGUAGCUACAGACAUGAGAGGUAGUAAUGAACAACACAUGGCUCGCAUUAAA